AUGAAGGAUAUCCUUGAAUAUGUGGAUCUCAAUGCGGUCCAACGUUCUACUGAAUUUGCUAUUACAAAGUUAAUCGAAGAACCUUCCUACAACUUUUUCAAUGAUCCAACUCAGAAACAAAUACUUAAUGAAUCCUGGAACACAUUAAUUGCACAAUUGCCGGAUCCAAAAGAUAAAGAAUCUAAACUAGAUAGAAAUCGUCAGAAUGAAGAAUAUAGGAAUGAUCGUUUCGAUAUUAUUGUUGAAGUGUUUAAUAAAAUUCGGCAUUUAUAUGAAGAAAAUCAGCAUGCUAACGAAGAAUCAGUCUUGCUAUCGAGAAGAGAUGUGAGAAAUUUAUUUGGCUUUUGUUGUUGUAUUUCAGUCCCACAACCUAGGUUUACGGUCCAACUGAAGCAUAAUAAAUUAGAUAAAAAAUUUACUAAUACCAACAAUCCACUGUCGAAAUUUUUAAAUUAUAAGUUUAACAAUUGUUCAAAGACAUCAAAGAAACAUUUUCAAAUUGUACCCAUAUGUGAUAAAAAAAAGUAUAAUGAUGAAUCAUUACAAAAGAUGUUUAGUAAAUUCAAAAUAGAUAAAGCUGUAUUGCAACAAUUUAUUUUUUUGGACAAAAGCUAUCACCCUAUAAAACAUGUCAAUCAAUAUAUGUGUCAUUAUCUUUUAUAUCCAUUAACUCUAACUCUUUAUACUAGGUUAAAUGAUGUUGAACGUUCAUGUUAUCCAAAGUUUGAUGCAUUUGAAGUUCCUGUCAGUGGGAUAAAAAAUAAGCGUAGAUACGAGACUUUCUUCUUGCUUAGAGACAAAGGAAUAUAUAAUGCUUUUCAAAAUAGAAAUGACAAACUAAAUAAUACAGCUUUUCUCAAGUUAGCUGAUGAAAUCAUCUAUGAAUUAAAGGAGAAAAAUUCAAGGAUAGGUUUUGCUGUUGAUAUGGAUUGUGUACUAAUUUGUUGA